AUGGCUAAAAUUAUUGAUGGUAAGAGUGUAUCUCAAAAAAUUCUUGAUGAUAUUUCUUUAACAUUAAAAGAUAUUCAAAAAAAUCAUCCUCAUUUUAAACCUUGUUUGGCUAUUGUUCAGGUUGGUGAUCGUUCUGAUUCAAAUGUUUAUAUAAAAAAUAAACUUAAAAAAGCUUCUGAGAUUGGUUUUGAGGCAAAAUUAAUUAAACUUCCUAAUACAACUAAUCAACAUGAAUUAGAAGCAGUUGUCAAUGAAUUAAAUAAUGAUUUUUAUGUAGAUGGUAUUAUUGUUCAAUUACCAUUAGAUUCUGUAAAUUCUAUUGAUGCUGAUCAUGUUAUUAAUAUGAUUUAUCAAGAAAAAGAUGUUGAUGGUUUAACAAGAGAAAAUGCUGGAAGAUUAAUGAGAGGAGAAUUAAAAAAUACUAUAUUUCCAUGUACACCAUAUGGAUGUUUAACUUUGGUUCAACAUGCUACGGGAGAUGUUAAUUAUGUUGCUGGUAAAAAUGUCGUUGUAAUAGGAAGAUCAAAAAUCGUUGGUUCACCUGCAGGUGCAUUAUUUUUAUGGCAUCAUGGAACAACAACCAUUUGUCAUUCAAAAACUGAAAAUUUAAAAGAUAUUUGUAAAAGGGCUGAUAUUCUUGUUGUUGCUAUUGGAAAAAGUGAAUUUGUUAAAGGUGAUUGGAUCAAACCAGGUGCAAUUGUUAUUGAUUGUGGUAUAAAUGUCCUUGAAGUUGAUGGAAAGAAGAAAUUAUUUGGUGAUGUUAAAUUUGAGGAAGCUGCUAAAAUAGCUGGAUACAUUACAAAAGUUCCAGGUGGUGUAGGGCCAAUGACAAUUGGUAUGUUAUUAAAAAAUACAUUCACUCAAGCUGUUGGUAGAAGAUUGAAAAAUGUCAGUGAAAAUAAAUGGAAUAUUGAUAUUCUUCAGUUAAAAAUUCAAAAACCAGUUCCUUCAGAUAUUCAAAUUUCACGUUCUCAAAUUCCAAAGAAAAUUAGUAAACUUGCAGAAGAAAUAGGAAUUCAUUUUGAGGAAUUAGAAUUAUAUGGAAAUAAUAAAGCCAAAGUUAUUUUAGAUAUUUUCAAACGUUUUGAAAAUAAAAAAAAUGGAAAAUAUAUUGUUGUUGCGGGAAUUACACCAACACCACUUGGUGAAGGUAAAAGUACAACAACUCUUGGACUUGUUCAAUCAUUAUGUGGACAUUUAAAAAAAAAUACAUUUGGAAAUAUUAGACAACCAUCACAAGGACCAAUAUUUGGAAUUAAAGGUGGUGCUGCUGGUGGUGGGUAUUCACAAGUAAUACCAAUGGAAGAAUUUAAUUUACAUUUAACUGGAGAUAUACAUGCUAUUACAGCUGCUAAUAAUCUUCUUGCUGCAGCUAUUGAUGCUAGAAUUUUCCAUGAAGCUACGCAAUCUGAUGAAGCUUUAUUUAAUAGAUUAGUUCCAAAAAAUAAACAAGGUAAAAGAAUUCUUAGUAAGAUUCAAAAAAAUAGAGCAAAUAGAUUGGGUUUAUCUGAUGUAGAAGAUGUUAAUGAAUGGACACCUGAAGAGAAAGUUAAAUUUGCUAGAUUAAAUAUUGAUCCUCAAAGUGUUACAUGGAAUCGAGUUAUUGAUACAAAUGAUAGAUUUUUAAGAAAAAUAGAAAUUGGUCACAAUCCUACUGAAAAAGGACAUGUAAGAACAACACAAUUUGAUAUAACUGUAGCAUCUGAAAUAAUGGCAAUUCUUGCAUUGACUUCUGAUUUAAGUGAUAUGAAAGAUAGAUUAGGAAAAAUUGUUAUUGGUAAUGAUAAAAGUGGUAAUGCUGUUACAUGCGAAGAUAUUGGUUGUACAGGAGCUUUAGCAAUCCUUCUUAAAGAUACUGUAAAACCAAAUUUAAUGCAAUCAUUAGAAGGAACACCAAUAUUUGUUCAUGCUGGACCAUUUGCUAAUAUUGCUUCUGGUGCUUCAAGUAUUGUUGCCGAUAAAUUGGCUCUUAAACUUGUUGGUGAAGAUGGAUAUGUUGUAACUGAGGCUGGAUUUGGUGCUGACAUUGGUAUGGAGAAAUUCUUUAAUAUUAAAUGUAGAUAUUCUGAAUUAAUACCAAAUUGUGUUGUUCUUGUUGCUACUGUACGUGCUCUUAAAAUGCAUGGAGGUGGUCCUCCAGUAAAUGCUGGUACACCUUUACCUUUUGAAUAUUUAAAUGAAAAUAUUGAGUUACUUGAAAAAGGUUGUGAUUCUAAUUUAAGAAAACAAAUGGAAAAUGCUUUGAAAUUUGGAGUACCAGUUGUUGUUUGUGUAAAUAGAUUUUCAACAGAUACUGAAAAUGAGUUAAAUUUAGUUGUUUCUAAAUGUCAAAAAUAUGGAGGUGUUGGUGUUGUUUCUAAUCACUGGGAAGAAGGUGGAAAAGGAGCUAUCAAAUUAGCUGAAGCUGUUGUUGAAGCAUGUAACAAAAAGAGUAAUUUCAAAUUUUUGUAUCCAUUAGACGAGGAUAUACCAACAAAAAUUGAAAUUAUUGCAAAAGAAAUAUAUGGAGCUAGUGGUAUAACAAUAUCUGAUAUAGCUAAAGAUAAAAUUGAUAGAUACACAAAAAUAGGUUUCUCCAAAUUACCUAUUUGUAUGGCUAAAACUCAACUAUCUUUAUCACAUGAUCCAUCACUUAAAGGUGCUCCAACAGGUUUUGUAUUACCAAUUAAGGAUAUUCGUUGUUCAGUUGGUGCAGGAUUUAUAAUACCAAUUUGUGGAGAUAUUACUACUAUGCCAGGCCUUGCCACAAGACCUUGUUUCUUUGAUAUGGAUAUUGAUGUUGAAGAUGACAAUAAAAUUGUAGGUCUUUUUUAA